UGCCGGCCGGUUCUGUGUGCUCAUUUUGGUUCUAGCAGCUGUGGAUAGCCUUGAGCUUCCUGAGCUUUGGCUCAUUGAACUCGCCUGCCUUGGCAUAAUUGACGUGUCAACAUUUUCUCCUCCGUACUUAUCUCUUAACUGUAUGCGAUAAUCAAAGGAACGCUUCUGCAGUGGCUACACUCGCCGAGAAAGAGAAACAUGGCGUCAGGUCGUCAGAUCCUUGUGGGGGUAUUUCUUUUAUUUGGCAUUUUUCUUUACGGAAUUUUCGUCGGCUUGCCAGAAGAAGGGCAGACAACCGUUGGCUCGCCGAAGGGGAAAGGCACCGUCACCCCGUGUGGGGACUGCGACCUGCCGUCCUCUGCCGACGUCAAAACUCCUUGGCGCUCAUUCAACUACAAGCAGCUCAACGUACCAGCAAGCAUCAGCAGUGGAGCCAGUCAAGUAAAGCCAUUAGAAUCUACCGUCAUCAUUGAUGGCCUCACUGUGUAUUACCAGGAGGUAACUCCCAAAGAUGCAUACACUGAUAUCUCUGUGUUGAUGCUGCAUGGUGCAGCCUUCAAAUCUGAAACUUGGUACAACCUCGGAACCUUAGGCAGUCUGAGCUUGAUGGGAUAUCGAGUUGUUGCCAUUGACAUGCCUGGGUUUGGCAACUCCCCAUCUGGAACAAUCUCCGACAAGGCAGCAUUCGUGCAGCACCUUCUGGCUGCCCUUCAUCUUAAUAACCCGGUGAUUGUGAGCCCCAGCCUGAGUGGCCAGCUGAGCCUGCCGUUCCUGGUCAAGCAUUGGCAGCAGAUGGCUGGCUAUGUUCCUGUGGCCCCUGUCGGCUGGAAUGUGCUGGAGCAGGUGCAGUGCAACACUGGAGAGGCCCCAGUGGAUGUGUCCCAGGUGUACCCACCGCUCCAGGUCCACCUGCCCAAGCAGGUUCCCAACCUGAGCUGCAUCAAGGUGCCCACGAUGGUGGUGUUUGGUGAGCAUGACCGGAGCACAAGCUCAGCGCUGCUGAACCUCCUGCCCAACAGUGUGGCCGUUGAAGUACCCCAUGGCAGGCACCCGGCCUACCUGGACAACCCCAUCCUGUGGCAUCAGGCAUUGUACAACUUCCUGCUGCGUUUGCGUUAUGGACUGCAGCAGCAAGCUGUCAAGGGCAGCUCAUGAGUCGGUGCCCCACCGAAUGCACCAUCACUUUGUUUUCUCCUUCCCCGCCCCCCUUUUUUUUCUUCUUUUUUAGUCCUUGCCUAGUGCCCGGAGUUAGAAGGUUAUUUGAACUCGAUAUGCGACUCUGAAGUAGAGUAGGGGCAUACCACUGUUGGCCCACUUGUUUAUAGGGACACUAAAUAGAAACGUUGAAUUGGUUUAGACUGGUUGAUUAUUAUUUUUAAGGUUUCUUUUGACUUCAGUUUGAGAAACUGUUUAUCAUUGGCGGAGAGAACAACGGCGAAACGUUUUUCCUUUCGAAUUGUAUGCCCAAACUGUCACUACCGAUUAGAUCAGUCCAAUUCCUUGGUUUUAGCGACGUUUCUAUGGAGAAAAUGUUACCAAAAUUUGCGCUCUUAUUCUUUUCUCGUGUAACGCGAUGCGAUUCAUUUAUAUUGUUGAACAGUUUGACUAGCACCAACCAGACGCUGCCGAAAUAUGCAACCCUGCGAAGGAUCUGGUGCAACACAUUCAAGGUGACAUCGCCUAGCUUUCUUUCUUUUUUGCAUCUUUUCUUUACAGAGCCUUUGUUCAUGGUAAGAAUGACCUACUUGCAGUCCCAAAAGUGUGAUAUAUCCAUUUAACCUAAUAUUUCUCACAGCGUCCCAUUAAAGGAGCUCUGAUGCAAGCUGUGUUAGACAUUUCACACCGCCAACAGCAAUUGCAAAUACCUAGGUUUCUGUCAUCUGUAGCCAACCUCAGUCUAUAGCACUUGAUGAGCUGCGAGGCUGUUUGAUUUGUCCAACAUCGCUCUUACAUUACAAAAUCUUGUGUGUGUGUGUUGGCACAAGCACCUGUGCUUUGAAUCGAGUACUUUUUUGUUGAACGAUAAUAUAUACAUGGAGCGUUCCGAAGUACUUUAUGAACGGGGGCAUGGCAAUAUCUAUAACUGUGCUGCUUCUAUGAGAAACUUGACAUUUGAUUCUCUCGUGCCAGUUGUCUCUGUUGCAUUCUGCAAAGAUAUUGCCCAUUUUCAGCUUUAUUCCUGAUAAGACACAAGGCCAUGACGUUUUGAAUGGUGUUCAUCAUUUGCUGAAAUGCUGUUUGCGGUGCUCCUGUCAAUGCUGCAUUGCAUCGUGUGCAUUGUAUUAUUACCUGUUGAGACUAUAUACUUGUUGUGAUUGUUCUUGCAUAAUUUCAUAAUAGUUUGGAACACUGUUGACACUCUUUUUUCUUUCUAUGUAGCCUACAUGCACAAGCAAACUGACUAGUGAUUUACUAACUUAGCUGGCCCUAUAAAACCCGUUGGCAUUUUGCCAAUUUCGCCGAGUGGCAUUGAUUUUAGUAGGCUCUAAGAGUUUGGAGAGUUAAUCGACGUAGCCCAAUGACAUCACAUUGCACUAUACACAUGUGCACCAACCAUUCAUUUACACAAACACACAAGUACACACGCACACUGCUUAAACAGUGUGUCAUUAUGUGCAGUAUUGUUGAAACAGGCACAUCGCAGAGUGCAUUAACCAUUUUUCAUUGACCAGUCUCUCUGCCUUCAUUCGAUGAGAAAGGAGCUUGCUUUUACAUGUUGAUAAAGCUUUUCGAAGUUGUGUAUGCGACAUUAGUGUGGCCCGGAAAACUGGCUUAGGACAAAGGAGUUUUAUGCAGGUCAUCUGUCAUUUUCCUUCAAUGGAGUGCAUUCAGAAUACAUUAUAAUUGGUUUAGCCUUUGACAAUCAAGCAAUUUCUCAAUAUGUGACGAGCGUUAGUAGCACUGCAAUGUAGUAGUAAGCACGAAGAAAGUCUCACUUGCAGCGUUUUGCACUUAAGCGUUAAUAACGCACGGAGACAUCACAAAGCAAAUAAUACAUGCAAGAACUCGCAAUUGUGUACAGUAAAACCUUGAUAAUUCGAAGGCUGCCGGACCACGAAAAUUCGUUGAAUCUUGCGGAUUUUCGAAUUAACCGAAAUGAAAAAAAAAAAAAAAGCAAGAACCUGCUGCAAAAAGGAAUCUCCUUUAUUUUUCAUGUCCGACAAAGAUUACUUGAAGUAAUCACUGAUGCGGGAUUUCUUGGCGCGGUAGUGCGCCGCCGCCCCACAUGCCAUAUUCUCCAGCUGGCUCACAACACGUAGCAUAUAAAUAUCACCCCCGCUGCACUCAACAAAGCUGCGGAUGAUGUUGACGGAAUUGAUAAUCGCUGCUAAAGCGGGCACAUGCGUGCUUGACUCGGACAUUUUGGACUUGCUGGAUAUUUCGGACUUCUAAAAUGCACACCGUCAAGGUUCCCACUGAGCUAACGCAUUUUUGCACCUGAUUUUUCGGACGAAUUGAGGCCCCAAAGUGCGAUUUUCCGGACUAAAUCGUUCAUUCCAAGCCACGCUACCUGAUCUUGGAGGCCGCCAUGUUGGAUUUUCCGCUGGCUUAGCUUCCAGUGGGCCGCGCUAUAGACUCCUAGAUUGAGAGGCGCACGCUGUCAAUUAAAAUAAAAAAAUAGAGAGUGCAGGCCACUCUCCAGUCUCGAAGGUCAUGCCCGCUUUUCCAUGGCAUUAUUGGAGAUUUUUUAAAUACUUUUUUCUUGGCUAGAUGAGUUUCUCGGACUAUUUUUCGCUCCCUGCGAAGUCUGGAAAAUCGGUCGGCGACUGUAUGAGGCGCCCUAACCUAUGAGUCGCACGUUGCUGCCAGCCUCAAACUACGAAUUAUGAGGAUAGAGCCGCACAGGCUAUUCAAAUUAUCUGGUAGACUUUGCAUUGAAAAUGAUGGGACCCGCUCAAAUUCAUCGCAUUAACCAAAAUUUCGAAUUAACCGAGUUCAAAUUAUCGAGAUUUUACUGUAUUUAUUCAAAUCGUACAAAUAACCAUGUGAAGGUUGAAAAAGGAAAGGGCAAUGGAGAAAAUGCCUUUGAAUAGCAUCAAAAAUUUUUAAAAAACAUCUCGGGUUGUCCUCACCAGGUCUCCGAACCAACUAUUAAGGAUAACAAAACUUAUAAAAGCAGGUCCUUGAAGUCAAAUUAUGCAUGUUACUAGUGCUUGAUGUGCUACUAGCGCUAUGUGUGACCAUUUAGUGGUCAGCGUUUUCAACUUUUCUGCCGGUGACAUGGUCACCCUGGCUCUUCGUAAAGGAAGAGAUGGAAGAAAGCGACUCCUGUUUCAGAGCUCAUACUGUUACGGUAAUUGCACAAUUUGCAUGUGGUUGACCUGUGCAUAAUGUUGCUUUUUGUUUCUUAGCACUGCCCAUGUUGUGUAAUGUGAUGCCGUUUUGCUAUGACAAUGCUUGCAUGUGCAAGAAUUGAAAAAAAUAUAUAUAUGUUCCUACAGUUUGAGUAGGGGUGUGCAAAUGUUUGAUACUUUCGAAUGAUGAUUCAAAUAGUAUCCUAUUCGAUUCGGAAUAUUGCAACACGUCAACUGCGCCAAAAUAAACAUAAAGUUGGAGAUAAAGUACGGUAAAUUUUUGCUGCCACUGGCUUAGUAUAGACACACAAAAAAAAGAGAGAACUUGCGUAGUGGAGCAGGCUACUACAGGCAUACAGCGAUCAUCAUUCAUCUGAAGAAUCUUGUGCAUGCUGAAGAAACUACUUGUUUGCUCCUAAUGCUUCAUUUGUGCUUUUAAUAAAGAACAUUACAUAACCCAAUCUGUAAUGACAGAAACUUGCUAACUUUAAGGACACUAGGAUAUGAACAUUGUUUUAUAUUAAUUGUGAUAACGGGCGUCCAUUAUUCGAAAACUAUUAAAAAAUUAUUCAAUUUGCUGCCGGAACUAUUUGAUUUGUAUUUGAUUCGGUCUCGAAAAUCACUAUUUGCACACCCCUACAUUUGAGUAAUGACUGCGCUGUGACUUGCGAUUGCUUUGAUUUGCGGUCACAUUUUUGUUUUUGUGUGUAUGCGCUAACAAAUGAAAAUGUUGCUCUGAAUCGUAAGCAGGGUAACCACUAAGUAUUGGUAUUAAAGCACGGGUAAGCAAGGCAGCCAUGCCAUAUUUUAGCCAAGUGUUUUGUAAAACUUGGCUUUUAGGGCGAGCAGCAGUACAUCAUUUAUUUAUGUUCAGGGAAGGCUGAUGUUUUGUGCCUGUUAAUUUUGCGAUUGCUAUUUCCAAUGCGGAGUCAAGCAUUUGGUUCUUUGACCCAUUUGGGAUCGCUGCAAUAAAUGUGCAUUACAUAUUAUUUUAUAAGUUGGCCCGUGGAGACUGGUCUUGCAGUUAGAGUGUUUGUAUGCUAGUCCUACCACUCAUGACACUCAAUCAUUGGCCAGUGACUACAGCUCUACAGCAGAUUUCUUUUCUGGUGUUCUAUGAAUGUGAAUGUGAUAUUUUCAUAUCAAACAGACCAUAUGAAUGUCUUGAAUAUGAUGUUUCUGAAAACACUGUAGGCAAAGCGAAAGCAAAGUUAUUUGCUGCGUGCGCACACUCCAAGCCGUAUUAGGCAUUUGCAGCGCGAAUUUGUAGAGAGCCUUUUUUUUUUUUUCAUGAAAAGCAUGUUAUUUUUUAUACACUUGCGCCUGCAGAACCGAUUCCAGAGUUGUUUUUGUUGCCAUAUCAAAGUUGUGAGUUUUAGUGUUAUUUUUGUAUUGUUUCCGUGUUAAAA